GGUAUACCCGUUUGAAAUGGUCUUUAAUGAAUUGCAGUUUCUUUAGUUGUAUUGAACUACACGAUGCUGUUGAUAAUUACACUCGUUGUCGGUUUAACUGACUGCCAAGCUGCGUUUCUGACAUGUCUUCAUCCGCGGACAGGAAGUUUAGACUUGUACGACAACGAGAUAUACAUGUGCGCAGAAGGUAUAGUUGUACCAAAAACGACAACGAUACCAACGACAACCCUUCUUUCGUCGACAACCGACACAUCUCAACCAAGCAACGCCAUUCUUCCGCCUUUUUUAAAGCGCAUGUGCGAACUUGGUAAAGAUCUGCCAGAAGGUUACAAGUGUUGCGGUUACAUUCCUUUCCAACCGGAUUUUCAAACGUGUUGUGGAAUUACGUGGACGAAAACUGUGGUGCAUUCUGGAAAACCUGACAAGGAUUACACAUGUUGCAGAGAUGAUAUUUCAAGGGCCUACACAAGAAAUGAUCUACCGUGUUUGUAUCACCCAGCGAACAACGACAAGUUCUGGAACGCACCUAGAGUAACCAAACUGUGGAAAUCAACAAGACUUAUGCAAGAGGCCUGUCGAACGAAAACAGCAUAUUUUGGCAAAGUGGAAUUCUACAACAAAACUUCAAUAAUGAACUCAGACCUGAUUAUUCGUUAAAAUGAGCUUGACUUUAAAUCUCCAACUUCACAAAUAAUACAAACGGAGGUGAGUCUGUAUAUCGAAAAGGAUCGCCACAGGCCAAAACCGUCAAAACUUGAUGGGAUAUACUUUUUGAUUGUCACAGAAAAUCAGCAGCCCACAGAAACCCCAUCCUACAUUAACAUUAAGAAUGACGCUGUUUAUAAGCUUGCAAAAUCGCAUAAACGUGCAUUAAAGAAAAUACGUCAACUGGUUAAGCAAUGCAAGCGACUAAAAGGUUGAAAAUAGCUCACACACGACCGAACCAAGCUAACGAGGAUUUAAACCGGGGUCCGGAUGCAUACUAAUACAUGAUGGUACACGAAAUGCAAAUGUGGGUUUCCAGA